AUGACUGUAGAGUAUAUGCAGUACUUUUUGAUACACAGGUUCCCUCGACUAACAGGGCCAGGAGAUUCAAUUCCUGUACUAGAGGAGGUCGAUGAUGAUGAUCAGGGCGAAGGUCGUCAAGGUGGGAGGAGGGGUGGUGGAGGGAGGAGGGGUGGUAGGAUUAUUGUAGGUGGUACGAUUGGACAUGGUCAGAGAGGAGGAGGUGGUGGGGCAGGAGAAGGAGAUGAGAGAGGAGUGGUGAGGGGAAGAGGAGGAGGAUGGAGGAUGGAUCGGGCUGGGUGGGGAGGGUCAAUACAGUACCGCAGUGGGUACCACCCACCGCCACCACAGCUGGAGCCUCUCGUUGGCCGCCGAGAAACUCCCGCUGGUCUCCGCCUUCCGCCGGCCGCCUCACUCCCACCGCCGGCUUCCCUCGGCACCUCGGCUCGCCGAUCUCUGUCCCUCCGGCGCCUCGGCUCCCGGCCGCCGGUUACCUCCGGCGAUGCCUUCGCCCUGCCGACAUCCACUAAACUGAUGGACCCUCGUCCACCACGUGGCAGGCAGCCACUGGCCCGCGGUCGACCAUCGUACACCCUGCACAGUGCCACAUCAGCAUCCGUAUGA